AAACUAACCAACUUCAAAUGUUUUAAUGCCUUUAAACAAUGAUAGUGAUAUUCUGAAGAUGGCUAAGCUGUUGAUUGCUCAUGGAACAAUGAAUAUAUUUGUUGUGCAUUGUGGCAAUUCAAAAAUUUCAAAUCAGUGCAUUAAUGAGUUUAGUGAUGAUGAAAAUGAUGAUCUUGAAUUUUAUAAUGAAGAAGAUGCAGUCCUUUUUGAUGUUGGUGUCAUUAGUGAUAAUGAUGAUCCUGAGUUCUUGGGAGCAAUUAACAACUCUCAAGGUAAUUUAUCAGUUUCUGUAAAGCCUAGUUCUACAAGUCAAAUAUUUGUUGCAGUUGAAUCUGAUGCCCCAAAUGUUGUCAAUAAUCCAAGUGUUGGAAAAUGGGGUCCAGGAAAUAGGGGGAAAAACCGAGCAAAAACAAAGAGGAAGAGGCUUAGUCAAUUAAUUCUUCCUGAAAACUUACUAGAAAAUAGUGUUCCUUAUGAUCCCUUAGUUGAUAGCCAAACUUUGAAUGUUGGAGGUGGGGAGUCGGAUUAUAUUGAUAGUGAUGAUCCUGGAGAAUAUGAUUCAAACAAUGCUGAAGAUGAAUUUUCUGUUAAAGAAUAUGCUGUUAUAAGGAGAACAACUUGCCCAAUUUAUGUUAAAGGGAAAAUAACAGAUAUUCCGGUGUUUGAGGUUGGUAUGAAGUUUACUAACUGUGAUGAGUUUAAAGAAGCCAUUAGGACGUAUGCUGUCUUGAAGGGUUGUGUUCUUGAAUGGUUGAAGAAUGAUGCAACCUCUCAAAGGUUGCCAUGCACAUGUCCUUUUUGCAAGUGGUACAUAAGCGCAUCUUUUUCUAAGAAGGAUGAGUGCUUUAGAAUUGUUUCAUAUUCGAGGACUCACAAUUGUAUCAAGAAACAAGAGAAUCCUAUGGCUAAUGCAGUGUGGCUUGCUAGGUUUUUGAAACCUAAAAUAGACUCCAAUCCAAUGAUUAAAUUGAGGCAAUUGAAGGAUGCAUGCAAGGAGGAGCUAAAUUUGGUUGUUCAAACUACUAUGAUGAAGAGGGCAAAAUCAAUAGUUCUCAAUGAGUUGGAAGGGAACUACAAGGAAGAGUAUGCAUGUCUAAUGGGGUACAAAGCUGCCUUGGUUGAAAAAAACCGAGAGAACACUGUUGAUGUGUUGUAUGACACAUACAUUAACAAUCCGAAUCCUGUUUUCAAAAGCAUAUACAUUUGUUUGGCUGCAUGUAAAAAAGGAUGGAUGGAAGGUUGUAGAAGAAUUAUUGGCAUUGAUGCAUGUUUUUUGAAAGGUAUGUGCAAAGGGGUGCUGUUGACAGCAGUUGGUAUAGAUGGAAAUAAGCAGAUGUUUCCGAUUGCAUGGGCAGUUGUUAGUGGUGAAUCUAAUGAGACAUGGGGCUGGUUUCUGCAGUUGAUUAGAAAUGAUUUAAAUCUUGGACUUGGUGAGGGAUUAGUUGUGAUGUCUGACCAACAUAAGGCCAUUAUAUCUUCUGUGCAUGCUUUACUUCCAGAGGCUAAGCACAGAUUUUGUGUUAGACACUUGUACAGCAAUUGGUCAAAGGAGCAUAAAGGAGAAGAAGAAAAAAGAAUGUUUUGGGCAUUUGCCAAAUCAACCUACAUGGAGCAAUUUGAGAAGAAUUUCCAGAAACUUGCUGAAAAAUGCCCUGAAGGAUUUAAUGACAUUUCUCGUUUGAUAGGUAAUUUCUGGGUGAAGGCUUUCUUUGAAACUGAUUGGUGCACCUGGAAGGCUCAAGGGAAUGGGACCGACGAGUAUGAAGUUUCAAAGGGUGAUUUCAGAUUUAUUGUGAACAUGAGUAGGAAGGAAUGUACUUGUAGGGGGUGGAAUCUUACGGGUAUACCAUGUUGUCAUGCCAUUUGUGUGAUGUACUCAUGUAAUGUUAACAUUGAAGAUGGGGUUGCACAUUGGUAUAGAAAGUCUACAUACCUACAAGCAUACAAAUUCUCAGUUGAUUGUAUAGAAGGAUUAGAGACUUGGAAGCUACAUAAAGGUUUGAAGCUGGAUCCACCACCAUUCAAGAAGGACAAAGGCAGACCCAAAGUGCAAAGGAGAAAACCAGCACAUGAGACAGCAAAAGUUACAAGAGGAGAUGAGGAAAAGUUUCUAAAAAAGGUGUGCAAAUGACUUGCUCUUGGUGUGGGUUUCAAGGACAUAACAAGAGAGGAUGCCCACGGAAAGAUGAUCCAACCUUCAAGAGAGAUGUUCUUGAGGUUAACUUUUUUUAUUUUAACUGCUUUAUGUUUUUUAUUUGCUUGUUUUUUCAAAGUCUAACUGGAUAUGUUAAUUUUAAUUGUACAGAAACCUCUAAAGAUUAAAUAGAAAUCAAAGGC